GCGAUGUGAGGGGCCCCGAGGCGGGAUGGUGCUUACCCGGGAAGGGCCGUAUUCUUCCAGUAGGACAACGAACUCCUCCGUCCGACAGGCGGUGGAGGUGGCCGAUCCGGGCGAAAGGAGGAACAAUAUAUUUUUAACAAGAAUCAAUAACUGGAAGUACCAGAUUUGUUAUUUAAUAAUGUUAAAAUGAAUUUUUGAUCAGCACAGGUGCUGUUACCAGAUUUGUCUUCUGAAUAUAAAUUAAAAAUGACUGAAGUUCAAGCAAUGGUAGAAUUCUCUGUGGAGCUAAACAAGUUCUACAAUGUGGAUUUAUUUCAGAGAGGUUUUUACCAGAUUCGUGCAUCUAUGAAAAUUCCACCAAGAGUUCCCCACAGAGUAGAAGCCAGUUUGUUUCAUGCAACAGGUAUGACUUUAGCCUUUCCAGCUUCAGUUCAUGAUUCUCUGAUUUGCAGUAAAACAUUUCAAAUUCUAUAUAAAAAUGAGGAGGUUGUUUUAAAUGAUGUUAUGAUCUUCAAAGUUAAAAUGUUGUUGGAUGAAAAAAAGAUUGAAGAAACUCUUGAGGAAAUUGGUUUUCUGUUAUCCUUGGACCUACACUUUACAGAUGGAGAUUAUUCGGCAGAUGAUCUGAAUGCCUUGCAACUAAUAAGUAGCCGAACAUUGAAGCUGCACUUUAACCUCCAUAGAGGCCUUCAUCAUCAUGUUAAUGUUAUGUUUGAUUAUUUCCACCUUUCUGUUGUGUCUGUUACAGUCCAUGCAUCUUUGGUUGCACUACACCAGCCACUAAUAAGCAGUUUUUGCCAGAGACUAGUAGGAGAAAGGGACAGCUCAUCUCCUAGAGACUGUUUGCUGGAAGGAGAAGACAUUUUUGCCUCAGAAUCAGAAACCAAGAGGAUUGAGUGUUGGCUCUGCUUUCCUCGCCCUGUGAAGACGACUUGGUUAAAUAGAAACACACCAGCACAAAACAGAGAUUCUGUGAUUCCAACUCUUGAAAGUGUGGUUUUUGGCAUUAACUACACAAAACAGUUAUCACCAGACGGUUGCAGCUUCAUUAUUGCAGACUCCUUCCUACAUCAUGCUUAUCAUUUUCAUUAUACGCUUUGUGCCACUUUGCUGCUGGCCUUCAAGGGAUUACACAGCUACUUCAUUACGGUAACAGAAGAGAUUCCUUCUUGCCAGAAACUAGAACUAGCCAAGGCCAACAUGCAGGUCCUUUAUGAGCGCCUUCUCAGAAGAAAACAUCCACGAACCCAGAAAGACACCUAUCUAGAGGAAAUGGAUGUAGAAGCUCGGCUGACUGAACUAUGUGAAGAAGUUAAGAAAAUAGAAAAUCCUGAUGAACUGGCAGAACUUAUAAAUAUGAAUCUUGCACAACUUUGCUCACUUCUAAUGGCUUUAUGGGGACAAUUUCUGGAAGUUAUAACACUACAUGAAGAACUAAGACUCUUAUUAGCGCAAGAGAACCAUACUUUGAGGGUACGCAGAUUUUCUGAGGCAUUCUUUUGUUUUGAACAUCCAAGAGAAGCUGUCGUUGCAUACCAGGAACUUCAUGCUCAGAGUCAUCUACAGAUGUGCACCGCUAUCAAAAAUACUUCCUUCUGCAGUUCUCUUCCACCCCUACCUAUUGAAUGUAGUGAAUUAGAUGGAGAUCUCAAUUCAUUACCUAUAAUCUUUGAAGAUAGGUAUUUAGAUUCAGUUAUUGAAGACUUAGAUGCACCCUGGAUGGGAAUUCAGAAUCUUCAGAGAUCAGAGUCCACUAGAAUGGAUAAAUAUGAGACUGAAGAAAGAUCUAUAGCUGGACUUUCUAGCCCAGAGGUGAAAGUCAGACCUGCUGGUGCCUCCAAUUUUUGCUAUACAGAAGUUGAAAAGCAACUAACAAAAUCUCUAAAAGGAAAGAAUGAAGAAUCAAAUAAAUCCAAGGUUAAGGUCACUAAGCUCAUGAAAACAAUGAAAUCUGAAAAUACAAAAAAAAUAAUAAAACAGAACUCUAAGGAUUCUGUGGUUUUGGUAGGCUACAGAUGUUUGAAAAGUACAGCAUCAAGUGAUCUCUUUACAUGCUUUGAAGGCAAUCCUUCACAUAGUCAGAAGGAAGGUCUGGAUCCCACAGUAUGUGGAUAUAAUUUUGACCUAAAGACCUACAUCAGACAGACAAGUCAAAAGGAAGCUAGCUAUUUGCCAACUAAUAGGACUGAACAAAAGUCUCCAGAUAUUGAAAAUAUGCAACCAGACCUGUUUGAUCCUUUGAACUCUGGCAGCCUAAAUCUUUGUGCAAAUUUGUCCAUUUCAGGUAAACUUGAUAUCUCCCAGGACGAUAGUGAAAUUACACAAGUGGAACUCAAUGUGGCAACUAGAAGUUCAUCAGACGAUUGCCAUGAUCAUCAAGCAAUUCCAUCUUCAGGAGCUAGAACAAUAGAAGUAAAUCCCUAUAAUAAAGAUCUUUUCAGUGGAGAGAAAAAAACUGUUAAAAUAGGUCCUUGGACAGAGGUUCAACAAGAUGAAGUACUUGUGGAUAGUUUACUACUACCCAAUUUUGAGUCCUUAGAAUCUAAUGGUAAAUCUAAAUCUAUAGACAUAACACUUGAAAAGGAAGCUUUGCAGGAAACCAAGUGUCAUUCUGUUGGGGAAUCAUUAGCUAAGUUAAGAAGUAAUCAACCUGCUUCUUCUACAAAAGAAUAUCAUGUUGUAGUAAGUGGAGAUACAAUUAAGUUACCAGAUAGUAAUGCCACAUAUGCCUCAUCUAGAUUUUCAGAUUCAGGUGUUGAAAGUGAACCAAGUUCUUUUGCAACACAUCCAAACCCCGAUGUAGUGUUUGAAGUUGUGCAAGGGCAAAGUCCUUACAGUAAUGAACGAUUAUUUCCUCAGCUUUUGAUGAAAACUGAUUAUAAUAUAAAAUUUUCAUUAGGAAGUCAUUGUACUGAGAGUACAAGUGCUUUAAGUGAAAAACAGUCAUCUUUGACAUCCAUAAACUCUCUACCUUCUGAUGAUGAACUGUCACCUGAUGAAAAUUCUAAGAAAUCUGUUGUACCUGAGUGCCAUCUAAGUGAUAGCAAAACUGUAUUAAAUCUAGGAACAAUUGACUUGCCAAAAUGUGAUGCUAGUACAAAGUCAAAUAUUGUUUUACAACAGCAGAGUGUCAUAUUUUCAGGACAUUUGGACAAUGAAAAUAUAGCAAUAAAUUUCUUAGAUUCAAGCACUAAAGACCCUUUACAAAUUGUUUUUUCAGAUGAAGAUACUUCCAGUGAUGUGAAAAGUAGUUGCAGCUCUAAACCUAACUUGGACACUAUGUGUAAAGACUCCCAGAGUCCUGAUAAAUCUAAUAACUCUGCAGGGACAGCAGUUACAUUAAAUUCAAAACUGGUUUGUGUAGGCUCCCCUUGUAUUGUUUCAGGUUCCAUUUCUACUAAUGCAGAAGUUAGUGAAGAUAGAACUGUGAAAAGAAAAAAUGGAGAUGCAUUAGAUCUCAAACAAAUACAUUCAGAAGCCCCUAUGGUUAAAAGUGGAACUCAUCUGGGUACAAGUGACCCAUUUUCAACCAGUCCUGAUAUGGUAAAACAAGGGCUUGUGGAAAAUUAUUUUGGCUCUCAAAGCAGUACGGAUAUUUCUGACACAUGUGCUAUUAACUACGACAAUUCAGUUAGCCCUCAGAAGGAAACUCCUGAAAAAGGAGUUAGUGAUCUUCAGUGGGAACAGGGUAAAAAGGAUGAGGAGGAAGAGCAGGAUCAACAGCAGAUGGUUCAAAAUGGGUAUUACGAAGAAACAGAUUCAGCUUUGGAUGGAACAGUAGAUGUUCACUAUACAAACAGAGAUGCGCUAGAAGAAGAAAGACUUAUAAAAUCUGAAAAAUUAAACAGUGAAUUUCUGAGGGAUGGUAUAAAUAUGCCUGCUGUCUGUACUUCUGGUUGUUUGUCCUUCCCAUCUGCACCACGAGAGUCUCCUUGUAGUGUUAAGUAUUCUUCUAAAAGUAAAUUUGAUGCCAUUACAAAGCAGCCAAGCAGCACUUCUUACAACUUCACUUCAUCAGUUUCCUGGUAUGAAAAUUCACCAAAACCUCAAAUACAAGCCUUCCUUCAGGCAAAAGAAGAACUGAAGCAACUUAAUCUCCCUGGGUUCAUGUACAGUGAUGCUCCUGUGCUGGCAUCCUCAGUCCCGUACUUCAGCAUGGAAGAAGAGGACAGUUCUGAAGAGGGAGUACAUCUCAUUGUCUGUGUGCAUGGUUUAGAUGGUAACAGUGCAGAUCUGCGAUUAGUAAAAACUUAUAUUGAACUUGGACUGCCUGGGGGAAGAAUUGAUUUUCUUAUGUCUGAGAGAAAUCAGAAUGAUACUUUUGCUGAUUUUGAUAGCAUGACUGACCGCCUUCUGGAUGAGAUAAUACAAUAUAUUCAGAUAUAUAGUCUAACAGUCUCAAAAAUAAGCUUUAUUGGACAUUCCUUGGGCAAUUUAAUAAUCCGUUCAGUGCUUACGAGGCCAAGGUUUAAAUAUUACCUCCACAAACUUCACACCUUUCUGUCUCUUUCUGGACCUCACCUCGGUACACUCUACAAUAGCAGUGCUCUUGUUAAUACAGGUCUGUGGUUUAUGCAGAAAUGGAAAAAAUCAGGUUCUCUUUUGCAAUUGACAUGUCGAGAUCAUUCAGACCCUCGCCAAACUUUCUUAUACAAGCUUAGUAAUAAAGCAGGGCUUCAUUAUUUCAAAAAUGUUGUGCUGGUGGGAUCUCUACAGGAUCGCUAUGUUCCUUAUCACUCCGCCCGAAUUGAAAUGUGUAAAACGGCUUUAAAGGACAAACAGUCAGGACAGAUCUAUUCAGAAAUGAUCCACAAUUUGCUUCGCCCAGUUCUGCAAAGCAAGGACUGUAAUUUGGUUCGAUAUAACGUUAUCAAUGCGUUGCCCAAUACAGCAGAUUCACUCAUUGGGAGAGCUGCACAUAUAGCUGUUCUUGAUUCAGAAAUAUUUUUAGAGAAAUUCUUUCUGGUUGCUGCCCUCAAAUAUUUCCAGUAGGAUAAAAACAUUGUUAAGAGACUUGACAAUUACCUCAUUCAACAAUGAUUAAAAUAAUGUGUUAUAUUUAAACUGUAGAUGCUGAUAAGUUCUAAGAAAUAUUUAUACCUUUUUAUAUGGAAGAUAAUUUAUAUCAUCCAUGUUUAGAGCUUUUUAAACAUCAACUUUUCUUUCUAGGUAAUGUGGCUGUGCAAUAUUUUUUAAUUUUAUCUUUUUACUUUUCUAUUACUUUUUCAUAUAUUUUGCUACAUAAGUAUUUCAGUGAAACUUUAAGCCCAUGUGUAUGUCUGAUUUUUUUUAUUGGCUUUCCACAAUCCAUACAUCAGACACAUCAGACAAUAGAGGCCAUUAUUGCUAGAAUAGCAUGGGAUUUUAAAUUUUUUAGUAUUGGGGUAUAUUUAGUUAAUCAUAAAUUUACUUUUAACAUUUUACUAUAUUUUAACUGGAAAUAAAAUUAUGGCUGCUAAAAUAUAUUUUUUGAAAUCAACUCUUCAGCCCUGCCAAAUGAGGUAGUUCAUAUAUGACAAUGUUAUAAAAGUUUUCUAUAAAAAGUCAUUACUGUUACUACUAAACAUAUGUCAUGCCUAUUAAAAUAUAUUUUCUACUGGUGACUUUAACAUUGUUUCUCAUAUUGACUUUUAUUACUGGAACUUUUCAUGUUCAUGUUAGCAGCAUCUAGAGAUUUUUGAAUGUUUGAAUGCCCUCUGCCUUGAUUUAGUUGGAAUUCUGUUAAAUUUGGUAAUGUUGCUUGAACUUUCUGACUACAUUUCUUUAACUUUUUUCAUGGACUUCCUUGUAUGUGCAUAAUAAAUGUUGAAGUUUAUGAAAUACUUUUAUGAAUUUAGAUAAUUUUUAAAUAUUGUUAAAAUUUGUUGAAUUAAAGAGUAAUGUAAAUAAAGUAAUUCAUGUUAAAAAUUGAACAAAAUAAUUAACUGUACAUGUUUGGUGAUACAGAUGCAAAUGUUUUUGAUAUAGAGAUGUUAAGUCUUUUGACUUUACUAAAGGUGCUGAAUAGCAUUAAAUUCUCUAUUUUCCUUUACUGUUUUACUUGCGAAAAUCGUAAUGCACUAAGGGUGGAUAGAAGGUCUGUUUGCGUUCACCAGUUGUGAUUGGACACAAGGUUUUUGUAUGUAUGUAUUGUAUAAUUGAUGCAUGUUUAUUUUUAGCAUUGUGUUAUUGCCUCUGGUGUUAAUAAAUGAACACAUGACUAUCUAGAGGAACAGCUAAAA